AACCCUUUCCUCCAUACCCAUCCAAGAUCAACGCGAUUCCAUGGCUCAAGAAGAAGAGCCUAAAAAGGUCCAAUACCCAUUGGACUCAAACUCCUACGAGAUUCUCGAUGAAGUUGGCGUUGGUGUUAGUGCUGUUGUUUACAAGGCCAUAUGCUUGCCCAUGGACUCCAUGUUGGUGGCAAUCAAAGCCAUCGAUCUUGAUCGAUCACGGGUGGAUUUGGAAAAUGUUAGACGCGAAGCCAAGACCAUGUCGCUUCUCUCCCACCCAAAUAUCCUCAAUGCUCACUGUUCCUUCACAGUUGAUCAUCGCCUCUGGGUGGUGAUGCCAUUCAUGUCCGCUGGUUCUUUACAAUCCAUAAUAUCUUCUUCUUUCCCAGACGGCUUAUCCGAGCCAUGCAUUGCCAUACUUCUCAAGGAAACCCUAAGCGCCUUGUCCUAUCUUCACAAGCAAGGGCACCUUCACAGAGACAUCAAGGCCGGUAACAUCCUCAUAGACUCCAAUGGGUCCGUCAAGCUUGCAGACUUUGGAGUGUCGGCCUCUAUCUAUGAGCCGAAUUCCACUCAAGCAGGCUCCUCAUCAUCCUCUUUGGCGCUCACUGAUGUUACGGGCACGCCGUAUUGGAUGGCUCCGGAGGUAAUACACUCACACAAGGGGUACAGUUUCAAGGCUGAUAUAUGGUCCUUUGGAAUCACUGCAUUAGAAUUGGCCCACGGACGCCCUCCUUUGUCUCACCUCCCUCCAUCAAAGUCUCUGCUCCUGAAGAUCACAAAGCGGUUUCGAUUCUCAGAUUAUGAGAAGCACAAGAAUGAGAAGCACAAGAAGUUCUCCAAGGCUUUCAAGGACAUGGUGGCUUCGUGUCUCGAUCAAGAACCAUCAAAGAGGCCCUCCGCAGAGAAAUUGUUAAAGCAUUCGUUCUUCAAGAACUGCAAGGGUUCAGAUUUUCUUGUAAAAAAUGUCUUGCAUGGGCUGCCAAGUGUUGCAGAAAGGUUCAAGGAAAGCAAGACUAUCCAUGCACGGGUGACGAGCAAGAUUAAUGGCGAUGAUGAAGAGGAAGAGGACGCAGCGAGGCAGAAUAUAAAAGAGAGAAGGAUCAGUGGGUGGAACUUCAACGAGGAAGGGUUUGAACUCGACCCAGUUUUCCCAUCCAAGUCAAAUGACGAUUCAGUUGUGAAACAAGUUCAGUCUGGCUGUGAAACCAUAAUUGAAGACAGGGGAGGAAAGUCGGGUGAUCAGUCAGGCGAGUUAAUUCCGAGUUCACCGGUUGAAGUUGUGGAAGAGGCUGAGAAUAGAAGUAGUGGGGGUGUAAAUAAGGAAGCCAUGGUGGAGGGUCUGGUGGCGUUGAAGAUGAGCUUGGAUGUGCAAAGUGCAACGGUGAGCAAUCUGAUUGUUCAGUUACGCGGGGAGGAAGGCCAGGAGGUGAGCAAGGAGAAGCAGUUGGCUCAGGUUAUAGAGUUGCAGAGGGUUGAGUUGGAGAACGAGAGAAAGAAGAACUUCGAUAUGGAUAUGGAGUUACGUUUUCUCAAGCUUCAGAUUACUCGUGCAUAUGGCAGUGGUGGUAGUACUAGUACUGGUGCUGAUUGAAGAAGGGUCGACGUUUAGCCUUGUGUGUGUGUGUGUUUUCUGCUUCUUGUCAACAUUUAGCAUGGUUUAAUAUUCCUAACAAGAGAAAGCCGUAAAUUUUCUCUCUUGGCAUAACACCGUCGUUGCAUUUGAUUCAAUAAAAGGAGUUGGCGUUUCUCGGGCUUCGGAUUUC